UCAAUAAAUCUCUCAGUUUGCAACACAUCUUGUGAUAACAGUGUUUGAUCAAUAUUACAUUGCGCUAAGGUGACAUGUCUUUCUACAUAAUGAAAAGUUAGAUUCAUAAGUCUUUUCUCGUGAUGAAUGGAUGAUUAUGAGAUUUCCAUUACCUCAUCAGUUUUUAAGUUAUGUUGUGAUACAUAAGUAAUGAGAUAUACUUACUUGUGGUGGCUCAUAUUGUCGUCCCCUAUUACCCAUACUUUGCUCACCUUUUGUUUGACAUCGAUACAUAUUUAGUGACAUGGGAAUCAGGGUUGAACUGUUGAGUUCUUAGAACAAGAAAUUUUGGUAGUCUAGGUCUAUAUGGUGGAUUUUUCCUAUUUUGUGCUAUUAUAUUUUACUUUUAUGUUUGUUUCCUUAUUGAUCAUCGGUGUAGGGAUGAAACCAUGAUUGUCUUACAUCAACUCUGCCUUACUUGGAUAUUUGUAUGGAGAAUAUAUUGGGUGUUUUGAGAUAUAGAAGAUAAGGGAAUCUCUUCCUUUUGAUGUUGGUAGAUAUUGCGGUACCAUUGAAUUUUCUAUAUUGAUGUUUAAUGUCACUGGUUGUUCUAAAGAGAGGCAUUGUUGUUUUUUCACAGGUUAAGUAAGUUCAUAUUCCUAGUUGCAAGUAGUCUAAAUUGAGGAGAGUUCUAGAUCCUUACCAUAACAUUGCUCAAAAUUUGAGAAGGUAAACUAUAAGAGAAACUAGUUUAUAUAACUACCAGACUGCAUCACAUCUCUUUAAUGAAUGCCUCCAUCUCCUAUUUGGCCCCUAUGUUUCAACAAGCUACUAGUGUCAUAUUAGCUUACUCUUUGUACCUUUUGUUUUUUUUUUUGUUCAAAGCACACAAUUGGUUUUACUUUGGGUUCUAACUUCAAUCUUCUUUCAUAUUAGCCAAUCUGUCUAGUUUGGAUUGUGGAUAAAACUCCAUAACUUAAGAAUCACAUUUCUACCUCAAAGUGUACUUUUUUCUCAAUUAUUUUUCUACCUUUUCAUAUGUCUGUAAUAGCAUGUUUGUGAUAUGCCACCUUAUGCCCUUUUGUUUAAUUACAAGAUAACAUCCCUAUCUAUAGUCCUAGAUGUGCCUUUAUUUCUUGUGAAGUAUCUCAUUCAUUUAUUGGUGUUUCUUAUUUUUUUCUCUAUUUUCUUUAGAUAUAGCUUUCUAGUAGUGUAUUUUAUUCCUUAAUACUUCUUCAUCAUCACCUUUAUAAAAAAAAUAUUGAGUAACAUGACUUUGUUUCGUUGAUUCAGAAAGGACUUCAAUAUAUUGAAUAACAUGACUUUGUUUCCAUUGAUUCAGCAAGGACUUGAAAGGAAGUACACAAGCAGGGGAUCAAAGAAGAGUGAUACAAGAAGUUGAAGAAAGGAAUACUAUUGUUGCAGCUAGUUAGGACUCAAGAGUUUAAGUUACUUGUCUAAGUUAUCUUAUAUUUUGAUAAAACACAAUUAUAUAAAUGUGCUUUUAAUACUGGAUGGGUAUUCACUCAAGUUUGGAUGAAGUUUUAUAGGUGUACUUUUAGUAAGAUAAAUUAGCAUUUGCCAAGGUUGAUUUUAGUAAUAAAAAUGUAUUGUUUUCUAUGAUUGAAAUCUCAAAAAGAGGUGAUCUACAUUGGUAUUGAACAUCAUAAAGGAUUCAUCAAUAAUGAGGAAUUAUGUUACUUACAUCAUCAUUAAUGACAUGAUUGUUUUUCUUACCAGCCUAGUAGGCAGGAUAACCUCUUUGGAGCUAUUCUAGAGUAAGUUCACUCUUUGCUGGACAAUCAUAAUGGUCUUACUGUACGAUUUGUAGGUCGGAAUAGCAAUAGGGUAGCUCACUUAAUAGCUGCAAAAACCUUUUUUUUAUCCGGCUACGUGUCGUUAUGUUGAUUUAAUCUCCUGGUUAUAUACCAGAGUGUAAUGUGUCAAACUCUUUUUCAAUCAAUACAAGAUUAUCUUUUGUAUAAAAAAUGACAAAAAUUCUUUUAUUUUCCUUCGGACUGAUUGAAACCUUUGUCAACGAUUUGUAACGAAUACCCUCUUUGAUACUUUCAACGACCGGAUAGAGUUUUUCUAUCAGUAUUGACUUUUAUUGGCAAAACCUAUAAUGAGGGGUCCUAUCCCUUCGUUAAUAAUCUUUGCCGACAAUUUUGGAGAAUUAACGACCUAUUUUGGCCCUUGUCAAAGCCUCUUUUUUUAGUGUAUUGAAUCGCUCCAUAUCCCCCCCCCCCCCCGGUGGGUUGCCUACAAUUCUGUCAUUCUGAAUUUUCUGAAUUCUCCGGAACUCAAUGUAUUUUAAUAAAUCAUAUCACAAAGCAUCCAAAUUACGUUAGACUCUACGAAUCGAAAAUUAAUUCAUAUGAAAAAGUAACAUAAACUCGCUUAGUCUUCAUAGUAGCACUAUUUUUUAUUAUCCUUAAGUUGGACACGAGACAUGGGGUUGUCUCCUACGAAGCACCUUUAUGCUAGGUGCAGCUUUGCCAAUUAAUUUUUUUGCCAACCUGGCUCGGAAAUCCAACCAUCUCCCUACUUGUCUUGUGCAGGGGCAAGUAACUCAUGAGGAUGAAUUUUGAUUUCGAUUCUAGUUGGAGACUCGUAGAACUUCUUGAAUUCUUAUGAACUUAUAGUUUCGAAUUUUUUUCAAUUCAUUCAAACUCCAUUUUCCGACGGUGAAGAGGGAAGUGAUUCACAUAACUUCGAAUCCAAACUGGGGUUCCAGCUAAAGAUUCGGGGGUCAUAGAAAAUCAUAUUCAAAUCCUUCUUUAGAAUUUAGGAAUUCUUGAAUAUUCCAAGUUGUUUUGAAAUACAACUCUGUUGGCUUGUUUUUCUCCCCCAACAUCUAUGCAUUGGGACUCUUUAUGAGAUUUUUCAUCCAUGAACAUCGAUUAAUGCAGUGGUUGUUGCAAGGAACGACUAACCCAGUAUGAGGGGUAUACUUCACUUUCAUCCAUAUCAUUCCUUGUUUUCCAAAUAUUUCAGCAUAGCAAGAUAACAUGGGUCAGGACUCCUGGGAGCCGACUAUAGCUUGUCUUUCUUGAAGGAGACAUGUGAAUGUAACGUAUUUGUGUUCGAGAUACAAUAGUAUUGUCAUAAAGAUAUAUUUCCUUUCCUUUUUUCUUUUUCUUUUUCAAUAUUCUACUAUUUAUUGAUUUAUCUUAACAUAAAAAAAAAAUUCUUCAAAGUGCUGGCUCACUCUCCAAUGAGAGAGACAUCUGUAUGUUUUCUCUCCCUCAUCUUUGCACAACUCUCCAUCUUGUAUAUGUACAUACGUAGUACACAAUGUCAGUGCAAAGAAUACAUAGAAAAUUAAAUCUGAGUGAAAUUUUGACAAACUAGAAAUAAAUAUAAAGUGAGAGGUACGUAUACUGUAGACUCUACUGCACCACCAGUCCAUCCAAUCCACCCACAAGCUGCCCAUCCAUUCCAGCCCCACGUUUGUGUCUACUGUCUAGUCAAUAACAACAAUACCGUACGCCAAAUCGCCAACCGCAAUCUCUGUGCUCACACUAGCUAGCUGCCUCCCAAGAUCUUUGUCCAAAGAAAAACCCUAGCCACAGAGGAGAAUUAUUGGCUACCCGAUUGACUAUGCACAAAACCCGAUCAAUUUCGUGACACAUGAAGGGCAAGAUGCUCAACUCGUUCUGAUCCAAGUAUCUUUUAAUCCGAUAGCUCAGACUUUAAAUCGCGUGAAGACCAAAUGGAUGCAUAGUCUGAUAUGAACUCGCUUGAUUGAAUCCCGCACGUCUUUUUGCAUAGUAUUGUUCCCUAUUGAUGAACAUUUAUUAGUAGCCGGAACUCAAAUCUUCCAAUGUUGCAACAUGACUCAAAUUGUGUAUAUUAGGAUUGAUCGUCAAAUCACGAUAACGUACAUUUGGCUGUCACCACCUGUGUACACAUGGUUCUCAAUGAUCUCGUAUAUUUGAAUGUACAACAAGUUGACAUCUACUAGUGCAUCACAUAGACGAGAUCGUUCAAUCUGAUGAUUCAUCCUCAUUCAUAUUUCUGACUUCGUCGCUACUACCAGAAAGACCAUUAGCAUUGACCCAAAAUUUUCACAAACACUCGAACCAUUAUCAAGAGGAGUAACUGUACCCACUACUCUUUUUGGCUCACGCCAUGCAAUUAUUAAUAGAAAGGGGGGGAAAUGAGAAAAUGAGGGUACGGUGGUAAGUAGUGGUGGUCAGCUCGUCCAUCAUCUUUGGAUCUUCCUGUCAGGCGCAGGGCUAGGGCAAAGCUAGAAAGGCAUAGCUACACAUCCAUAGCCUGUGCUCUCUCCAGUGUAUUAAUUUCACCAAUGCUGUAAGAGCCAGCUCGGCCUUCAAGUAAAAAGCUGCUGCUGAAGGAAGAUAGAAAGAGAUCAACUCCUCUGGUUUUGUCUUUUGGGAAACAAAACCCAUGUGAAAUUCGCAAUAAUUUCUCUGCCAUUACUGACCAUAUAUAUGAUUCCCCCGCUCGCACUGUUCCUCUAUCAAAAAAUUUAAUCCCACGGCUAGGGCUGAGUGUGGCCACGCCAGCAGACCAACUUCUUAAAAUCGCCUGCCCCAGUUUGUGUUGCGUCUCUUUCAGUCACUUGCUAUACGACUACACUAUUGCUAUAGCUGUUCAUACUGUGAUAUUGCUAGCUCUCUCCCUCUCUCUCUCUAGUAUUGUUUUGGUUUGGUGUUCUCUUGCUUUGCUUGUGAUGUUGAUCCGCGUCCAAACAGAAGUUCCAAUUCCCGCACUGUGGAUCGAAUGCACGCGUAUAACAUAUUGGACGUUAGAUCUGGACCUAGCUAGCUAGUUGGCCACUAGGAUUUUUUUGUUCAGCUGCUGCUUUUACACUCAGAAAGUCACUCGCUCGCAUGUAGUUUGAGUCGAACUGCUAAUGUAAUUUAGAGGUGGCAAAUGGAUCGAUGCAUGGAUUGGUGGAUUCAUGGAUCAAAUGGAUUGGAUUAAAUGGAUUAGUGGAUUCAUGGAUUGGAUCAAGUGGAUUGAUGGAUUAUCCAUGAAUCCAAAUGACAUCCUCAACCUUUGACCAAUAUGUAAAAUGUGAAAAUUUUAGGUACUAAAAUGUCGUAAUGAAAAUUUUUAGGUAUCAAAACGUAAUUUUUCAAUGAGAUUUUUUGUAUAAAUAAUUAAAUUUUAGGUACCAAAAUGUAAAAUAUAAAAAGUAUAGGUACCAAACCGUAAUUUGCCAUUUGGAUCCUUGGAUUGAUCCAUGAAUCAACCAAUCCAAUUGGAUUUGGAUUAAAUGGAUUGGAUUAGGUGGAUAUUUUUAAUGGAUUGAUAGAUUGGAAUGAGAAUUGUCACCUCUAAUGUAAUUGGUUUCCAGUCAUCACCAUUAUAAAUAAAUAAAAAUUUACUUGUCCAUCCAUUUAUUUGGUUUGAUUCUUAUAACAAUAUAAUUUUUUGAACACCGACAUUUGGGUUUUUUUACAUACCAAAAUAUAACAAAUACUAAAAUUAAUGUAUAAAUUGAUAAUGUCAAUAGAAAUGACGUUGCAAAUGUAAUCUCUCACACGAAGACCAGUCAAUUUUGUGUUGUCAUCAUUAAGCAGUAAGGAGUGCAACUAGGGAUGGCAAUUGUACUUACAAUCGUGAGUAUCUAACCCUUUCGACCCGGUCAACAAGAUGGAUAUGAGGUGGGUAUGGAUAAUACCCAUAAAAUAAGUGUCGAAGUAGUGAGAAUUGGUUGAGAAUGUGUUUAGAAGUCCCCUCAUUCCCAUACUCAUAAUAGCUCCCACAUGUAAUUCAUAUACUAUCUAACCCAUUACAAGUCAUCUGAUUUUUUAUUCGUCCAUCUUUCACUAAAAUUUUAAAACAAUGUAGUGUUAAAAACCUUCAUUUAAUAUAUACACUUUCCUUUUAGCCCUAAUUUCCCCUAAGGAUUUAAAUUUUUCUUAUGUUUCUCAUACUUUUGUGGUUCAUUUAUGAUAUAUGAUCUAUGUUCAACGUUCUAGCUCUAAAUUGUAUGUGUCUUCACUUGAUUACAUUAAUUUGAAAUUGAAUUUGGUUUGGAUUUGCGGGAAGUUAUUAUCCACAAUAUCCGAAAAAACGUAGAAAUGAGGAUGGAGAUUAGAAACUUCCGCCAUACAAGAAUAGGGAGCAUAUGGGUUUAUAAAUUAAAAAGGAGGAUGGGGAUGGGGAUGACGAUGGGUUUAGCAAAAUUCGCCCCAAGCCCGCCUCAUUAUCAUGUAACUCAUCUAUCCUGAAACUUUCCCAUUUAACUUGAUCAAUUACUUCUUCUUUUUUUUUUACAAAAGAUAAUCUUAUAUUGAUUGAAACGAAGACAGUUACACCUUGGAAUUCAGCCAGGUCUGAAAGUCAAAGAAGCGACACAUAGUCGGGUACAAAGAAAUGGCCUUUCUAGCCACCACAUGAGCUACCCUAUUAUAACACCGACCUACGAAUCGAACACUAAACCAAGAAUGGGCAGCAAAGUACUGAACAACUUCAUCAAGAACAACACCCAUCUGGCAAUCGCUGACAUCCUUCUGCUUGAUCUUAUCUAUAAUCACCUUGGCAUCACCCUCAAAUCUUACCGCCUCAAACCCAUGCUCGCGACACCACAACAUAGCUUCACAGAGGACCAGUAACUCCACCACAACAGGAUCAUCAAUUUCUGGAAACUGAACACCUUUAACCCAGAGGAUAUCCCGAGCCGGCGUCAAAAUCACCAUCCCCCAGCCGCAUGAGAGCCACUCCUCGUAGCCCCAUCCCACAUACAAACAACCGCACCAGGAUCGACUGGCUCCAGCUGUUGUAUCCUUGGACGAGAGACCGGAGGGCCCUGCCCCCUAGACACCCUUAUCCAUUCCUCAUACUGCUCGUUAUACUGACGCAUAAAAGCAGGGAUCCCAUAUUGCUUGCCUUCAAAGACAACCCAGUUCCGAGACCGCCAGAUACGCCAAAGGAUGGCGACAACUGCCAUAACCAAGUCUGGGUGAUGAAUUAAAGCCAGCAGCCUUUUUAGAAAUAGAGGAAAGGUAUGACGAGGCAGCUCCUCACCGAGGUAAUCCAACCCAGCAAACUCCCAGAGGGCGCGGGCCACCAGACAGUCGAGAAACAAGUGCUCCAUCGUCUCGGGUGCAUCCUAGCAGAUCGGGCAACGAGGGAGCACUGGGACUUUCUUCUCAAUAAGGGCUUUAGUAGUGGGAAGGAUACGAUUGAGAAUCUGCCAGACAAACACCUUAAGUUUAGGCGAAACAUUAGCACCCCACACCCGAAUCCAACUUGACUUAUCCAUCCAACUGGCCAACGCCUUCCAAUGCCCUCCACGCCUCUCUAGUGAGAGCGCAAGAUGAUAGGCUGAUUUAACCGAGAAAACCCCAUUCCUAGUAUUGGUUUCAAGGCAUUAGUUUGGAACCAAAAGCAUUUAGUACCAAAAGCAUUAGUUUGGUUUCAAGGCUCAUGGUCUUCAUAUUACCGCUCCUAAAAAAAUGAUUAAGUUAAAGAAAUAAAUAAGUAGGGAUGGCAAAAAUAUCCGUAAUCGUGGAUAUCCGCUCGAAUCCGACAUAAUCGGGUAGGGUAAAACCCGAACCCGAAGAACUUUUAGUGGGUACGGGUAAAACCCGAACCCGAAUAUUGCGGGUAAUGGGUGGGCAUGGGUUUCUCACUAUCCAACCCGAACCCGCCCGAUUAUACACAUUCAUAUAUAUUUUAUCUAAAAAUAAUCAUUAUUUUUCUCUAACAUAUUUAAUAUUUAGCAUAUAAAUAUAGUAUUUUCAUGAAAUUGUAUUGUUUUAAUUAAUUUUCUUCAUUCUAGUGAAUUAUUGUUGUAUUUUUCCUCUUACAUAAUGUGAGAAUAUGCGAGAAUGUUAACAUAUUGGUUGGAGUUAUGAAGAAAAAUUAUUAUCCAUGGAUAACCAUGGAUACCCGAAACCCGAACAGGUAUGGGCAUGGUUUUGAUUUUCUACCCGUUUCUUAUGUGGGUAUGAGUAUGGGUAAAACCCGAACUACUUUGGGUAGGGUAACAGAUAUGCACUAUCCGAACCCAACCCGACCCAUUGCCAUCCCUAUAAAUAAGUAAACUAUUUAAAUAAAUCAUCCACAAGCAACACAAAAUCAAGGGUGUUAGGAGAAUGAGAUUUGGGAGAAAGAUUUAUACAAAUCAUAGCAAUUGAGAAAAUACAUGUAUUUCGUUGAAUUUAACAAAUGAGAUUUAGGUUAAAACAUCGGGAUGUCAACGUUUCGGUAACGAUAGAGAUUGUAAAUCAAAAUUCGGUGAGAAUAAUAUUGCAUCAGGUGUAAUGCUCAAUUUUAAACAUUUCAGAUACUAUAAGAAAGUAGUUAAGUACCAUACAUGGGUCGGUCUCUCCCAACAAUUCGAGUUAUUGGGACUAGUUGGUUUACUACACAUUAUCAGAGCUGGUUUGUCAUUGAGAUCACGUGUUCAAGUUCUCACGACCCUCAAUAUUAAACCGUUGUCUUCAAGCAUAUGGUAUGACAGGUCUGUGCAAACUCCAAGCUCAUGUGUCGACUUUCGUUUGAUGGGGCGUGUAAUCUUCACAUUCUGCAAUCUUCACAUUCAUUAGAAGCUCGAGUUCUUAACUCCUAAGUCUUCAAAUUGCAAACAACCGUUAAGAGUAACAGCGUAUGAUUAUCAGUGGCGGAGCUGUGCACACUUGAGGGGGGUGCAUGCACCCCCCUUGGCUUUGGGACGGAAAAGAAAAUCCAAUAUAUGUAGUAGAAAGCAAGGAUCAAACCACUAAUCUAGUAGUUGACAAUAAGAAAUCUUUACCAUCUCGACUAAGAAUUUUUCAUUUAUAAUACAUACAUAUUUAAUUAUAUCAAUGUUAAUUAUAUGUCCUAAUAUCAAAACGCAAAACUCUAAUCGUCUAUCCCAGCAAUCCCUAGUUACAAUUUCGUUCUUCCUCCACCCAGCAGUAGCAGAGGCGCUGCGAGUUGCAAGCCGAGCUCGCCCAACCUCCAAGCUAUCCAUCCUCCAGCACCCAAGCUCUCCAUCUCCGGCUCCAAGCUCGCCGAACCUCCACCCACCACCCAUAUUUCCGACUCCUACCCAACAAAUCCAAACUAUUUCUAGGCUCCAGACUUUCGUUUUCCGUCCUUCACCUCCAAAAAUCCUUCUCUUUUCAAUCGUGAGCAAGGUAGGGGAGCAACAAGCCAGCAACACAAAAUUACUUUGUUUGACAUCAUCAAUCUUUAACAACAAGGUAAAAUCUAAGUUUUAAUUUCAAUUACUUGAAAAUUUUAUUAUUUGUGUUAAUUUAGGGUUAGGUUUGUGUGUUUGUUAUACUCAAUUUCAUCUCCAAAUUAAGUAAAUAGACUGAAUUAGUCAUAUAAUGAAGUUGAUUUUCAUAUGUUCGUUUAGAGUUGACUUUUCUAUUACAUAGUUGACUUUUUCAUUACAUGAAGAAGCACCCCUUGGCCAAUUUUCUGGCUCCGCCACUGAUGAUUAUAUAUCUAAAAUUAAUCGAUGAAGCAUACUGGAAAGCAGCAGCACUAGUAGCAAGUAGAGUAGUGUUGAAAAUGUUGGGGUAGGGUGUUUUGGUGGAUUCCAAGGCUUUCCUUGAAUGUUGGUCAAAAAAGGGCAACGACUGGUGUCUCCGGAAAAGGGCAUAAUAUUUGGGUGUCGGGGUUUGCUGCCAGGAGAGAUGAAGUGCGUGCCCAAAACCAAAUGGCUAAUGAGUCGAGUCAUAACUGCCCCAUAUUGCAUCACAGUAUAACACUGUUUCUUUCUGCCUCUGCUGCACCCUCGUUUCUUCAUUUCUGGGUCGCUUUCAAAACAAAUAAAUAAUAAUGUUAUAUAAUUCAACAAAAACACGCAAUAAAGAAAGAAAAAAGGGAAUUACAUUUACUCGGUGAAUACAGCAGCAGCAGGUGCCUCCCUCUCUUACGUCUUUUCACUGCUGCAGCCUGCAUGUCCACAUGCAUGUGUUCCUUCCUUUGGUUUGCCUCUUUCUACAGCCAGCUGCCGGUGGUCGUGGGUUCAUUAAUUAUGGUUCUUUAAAUGACAGACUAUUAGAACUGCAAUUGAGCAUAGUCGCGAACUGAGUUUUACGUUAGCUUGAAUUCGACUUGUUAAUAAACGAGUCGAGCACGAUAUCAUCCCGUGUUUGAACUAGACUUGUUUACUAAACUAGUGUCUAGUAUUUGAUGUUAUAAUUGAUGGGGAAAAAAAUAGUCAUGUUAUUUCAUAGAUACGAAACAAUCUAUGUUACACAUUUUCUUUUUAAAAUUAAUAAUACGUCAUUUCAUUGCUCACGUACUCACUGUGUUGAGCUUUAUAUAGAGUGAGAUAUAUAAUUUAACUAUCCUAUGAAUUAUCAAAAUCCGACUCAAAACAUAUAUACUGAUGGACCAUAAGUCGGUAAUCAAGUUGACUCUCUACCUACCUACCUACCUACAAUAUUGAGAAAUCGCGUGAGCUUUAAACGAGUCAGCUCACGAGUUGAGCUCAACAAGCUAACGAGUCAAGCUAGCUCGCGAGCUUCCCAAGAUAAACAAGGCUUAGCUCAAGGCUGGCUCAUUAAUAGACGAGUCAAGUUUCGAGCAAUUUUUUCUCGAAUCGAACAUCAAACCACUUGCGAGCAGGUUGGCUCAUUUGCAGCCCUACUUACCACUUGACUCCGACUGGGAUUUCGAAACACACACCUGAAAACGUCUCUCUCUCUCUCUGUAUCUAUACUAGAGUUAUGGUGAAUUGAAUUGAACAACGGCGAAAAGGAAAGACUCAUACGAGUUAUGACUGACUGCCCAUUGCCCAAAGGCUGCACGCCAUGCCAGCACUUUCUCUGUAGUUAACACUUCUGUCCCUUCCCCCCGCACCAAUGCCUAUGAUGACAGAAUUCCUAUCGCAGCAGCAGCAGCAGCAGCAGCAGCAGCUACAUCAGUCCAUUAACUACGCCUAACGGGAGCAAAUUACUUAUUAGCCAAGUCUAUGUGGCAUUUGAUAAUAACUGCGAGUGCCCAAAAUAGAAAACCAAGUAGCCAACCCUCAUGGGUCAUCAUCUCAACCAUCUCCCUUCUGCAUCACCUUACCAUGCCUCUGCUACGUUUCAGACUACUGUGAGGGCUCCUAAACCUUAGCUUGAUUAGUCACUAAUGGUAACUAGGGGUGGGUAAUGAGUGAAUUGGAUGGAUUUUCAUGUCAAACUAAUUCACUCGCUUAUGAACGAGUUCGUACAGUUAUGACCCGUUAUACAUCCACAUUGUCAUUUGUCGAGGAUGGGGUUUGUGGGUAACCAACAAGCACAAUUCUCCAACUACCAUUAAGAAAAUUGACAACAUUUUAUAAUAGACUCCUUGCAAAUUAUUAAAACAAUAGAAAGUUAUACAUAUUCUUUUUUUGGAAUCAUCAUGGGCACUAGUAUAAAAUCUUUCAAUAAUCCACCAACCAACUGUCUAGAGAAAGUUCAUGCUUUAUCCGACUUUGAUAUGGUUAUUAGCGUACAGUUUGCAUCUCAAUUCCAAUGGACAUUACACAACAUAAUAGUAACAAAUAGCUAUAGUCCAAAAAUAUCUUUUAAAAGUUUAUGGUUUGGUGUGUAGUAUGGUACUAUGGUUAGAAAAUAUGACGAUCAUUCAAUAAUAUAAAAAAGACAUGACUCUUUUUCGCGUGAAAAUGGAGUGUGAUCUGACCACAUACCCACCCGAAUAAAUGUGCGCGGGCAAGGAGUGGCGGAGCCAUUUUGUGGUAGGGUGGGUCCCCGGACCUACCUUGGCUCUAGAUUCUUUUUGUUUUUGGUUCAUAGCUUGGCUCUAGAUUAAGACACCAAAAAAUAAUUAUAAUUGCAUACAUUUCACAAUACUUAACUUCAGUACUUCAUGUUCACGGUUUUAGUUGUCUAUCAAAAAACACGUUAACCUUACAUAUUAUACAAUAGCUCUAGAAUUUACAUAAAAAAAUGUGUCUGUAAUUGUUGAUUAUGAUUUUUACUAAUUUCUAGUGUAGUAUUGAAUUCUCCACACUCAAACAAAAAUACGUCAACAAACUAUGAAAAAUUAUCUCGAGUCAUUUAAAUAUUAGUAAAAUCUGUAAUGUAUUGUCAUAACUGGGCAGCCCAUUAGUACGAUAUUGUCCUCUUUGGGCCAAGCCCGCACGGUUUUACUCUUGGGUGUUCUCCCCAAAAGGCCUCGUACUAAUUGGGCUAGGUGGACUCUAAUAUAUAAGGGUCCCUUCCCUUGUAUUACCGAUGUGGUACUUGGAUUGUCCCAUAACAAUCCUCCCCUCAAGACAAGGACCACGAACUUCGUGUCCUCUCCUCAGCAAUUAUCUUGAUCCGCCAGAUGCCUUGUAUCGAUGGGCUUCUCGGUAUAAGGACUUUACCAGACGCAGAACUCUCUUUGAUCUGCUUCCAAAAUGCGAAACUCUCCUGGAUCCACCAAACCAUAUGCGAAUCUCAAAUCCCGAGGUCACCAAACGAGGGUCCACCGAACUUACGUCCACCGCCCCAGAUCCGCCGAACCAGGCUCUGAUACCACUUGUCAGAACAGAAGCGUGCAAUCGAUAAUCCAAACCAGCACAAACGAACACAAAUUUAACGUGGUUCACUAACACAAUGUGUGCUAGCUAAUCCACGGGCAGGGGGGACAAAUUUCACUAAUUUGAGGAGAGUACAUGUUACAAACCAAAUUCCAAACAGACAAACCAAACAAACUAACCUGACUGACCUUUCUACAAACUAGGGUGAUGAAGAGUAUUUAUAGAACUCUUCUCCUAAUCCUAAACAGAAAACCAAACACUUUUUCCCAAACAUACAAGCAAAAGGUCAAACAAAGCCCAAACACUAACCCAAACAAAAUAGGACUAAAACACAAAACAAACCCAAAUCAAAUUCAAGUCAUAUUCUAACAAUCUCCACCUUGACUUGAAUUCUCUCUCAAAUACCAGAUGUACUAGACGCAACCAAAGUUGCCAGAUGUACCCAGACGCGACCAAAGUUGCCAGAUGUACCAAACGCAACCAAAGUUGCCAGAUGUACCCAGACGCGAUACAUAUCGCCAGACGUAUCCAAAUGCGAUCGAAACCGCCAAACUCAAACGCAAUCAAGAUUGCCAGACAUAUCCAAAUGCGAUUCAUAUCACCAGACCAAACGCGAUGCAAAUCGCCAAACUCAGAUGCAAUCAAAAUUGUCAAAUGUACCAAACUUCUCCAAAUCAGCUGUACCAGAAUCUCCCCUACCUCCAGAUGCCCCUAGCCCUAAGGGCGGUCAACACAUCAAAACAUGCAGCAAGUCCAAUCCAUGUUGGGACUUGCCAUGCAGAACCAGCUUGGUGUUAUUUCCGUCCAUAACACCAACAUCAAAUUUACUUCUAAAUCCAAGCCUGCAACUCCAAAUCGACUUCUCAAUCUUCAUACCGUCCAUAACACCAACAUCAAAUUUACUGCUAACUCCAAGCCUGCAACUCCAAAUCGACUUCUCAAUCUUCAUAUUGAUAGUAGCCAUUCUUACUAUCAAACAAACUCCAGCCAAACUUCUCACCAAACAAGCGAGACCAAAACACAACUACCCAAAGUCAGCUUCAAAGCGAAUCCUCCACCGAACCAAGCUAAAGAAUUGAAAGCAACCUCCACAAAGCAAAACUUCAGUCCAACGUAGGGGUGGGCAACGGGUAACGGGUAUUUGGGUAUAUACCCGUAUCCGUCCCGUUUUUUGAGGGUUACGGGUACCCAUAAUACCCGUAAUAUUAUUAACGGAUGGGACUUGGGAUUGUACAUUACUACAAUGGGUACCCGCGGGUUACCCGCAAAUACCCGUUUGGGUAAUAUGGGUACCCGUUAAACCCGUUCAUUAUACAAAGGCUCAAAGCCUGAAAUAGAAACUGAAAGGCCAAAGCGCACCGCGUAACCAGCGCCCAACAACUCGCCUCGACUCCUCUGAUCUCUCCUCGGGCUGUAUUCUCUUCGAUCGUCGCGCUAAUCAUAAUCUCCGUAGCCCAGCCGUCCUUCCACGAUGUCGCGACAAUAAGAAUUCUCAUUUUUGCAGGUUGCAGGCUUGCAGCUGCCAGCGGGGUCAUCGGAAUUUGAAUUCGAAAUUGGAGCAGAACACCCAACAGCUUGCUAGUUAGACCAUACAGCAGCGUGCCAUUCCCCAAAUUAGUUUUACAGCAACUAUAAUUUUAUAGUUCCAACUUGCAAUUAACUGCAGCAGCUUCUUACUUUCUUAGUUGUUAAUGUUAAGGGUGCUUGGAAUGAUUUAUUCUAUGCCUUGUGGUUGUUCAUGAAUUUGUAGGUUGUAAACCGAGUAUUUGUCGUAUUGUGUGAUUGGGAUGAAUUUUGUAACACGUAUGGAUAUUGUGAUUGUUAAGUAGGGCACAAGUUAAGUUAACUUUUAUUAAAAUUUUAGUGAUUCAAACUUUGGGUAUUUAUGGGUAGUUUGGGUACCCGUUAUCCGUCCCGUACGGGUAAUGGGUACCCGUUUACUUAUAUGGGUUGGGACAUGGAAUGAACUUUGUUCUCCAAAUGGGACUGGGUACCCGUUUCAAACGUACCCGUCCCGCCCCGUUGCCCACCCCUAGUCCAACGCCAAAUUCCCAAAACCGCAACCAAAUGCUCUGAUACCACUUGUCAUAACUAGGCAGCCCAUUAGUACGAUAUUGUCCGCUUUGGGCCAAGCCCACACGAUUUUACUCUUGGGUGUCCUCCCCUAAAGACCUCGUACUAAUUGGGCUAGGUGGACUCUAAUAUACAAGGGUACCUUCCCUUGUAUUACCGAUGUGGUACUUGGAUUGUCCCAUAACAUGUAUAUUUUUCUUUUGAAUUCGGAUCCAUCUUGAAUCAAAUCCCGGUUACGCCACAGCGAACAAGAGAUAUAUCAAUGCACAAUUCAUCCACGACGAUUUGAGUUAUGUACGAGUAAAGUCAAAUCACUGAUUAACCUGAUGGUAACAGAGCAGAAAGCACGAAUGCAGCUUGAAGAAGAAGUGCAGAAGUGCAGCAGCUGAAGAGCAGAAGAAGAACAGGGCAGAAACAUUUCGUUUCUGCCUUCCCCUCCACCUAGCAGCAGUGAUGGUUAAAACGACGACGUGGAGACCUGAACUUACCGUUAGGUGGAGACAAGAAGGCCAAGCAAAUGAAGACACGUGGCGAUGAGAGUUUAUGUUUGUUUAAAUUACAGUUUAACGGACAAAUCAAGUUUUACUGUUUAACCUUCAUUUCCCCUGCUGAACUUUAGUAUAAAUACAAUCAAUUUGAGACCUGAGCACUUUGCGGGUUUCUCUACAAUUAUUGCUCAAAUCUAUGCUGGUAAUCCUAACAAUCCAGUGGGCUAUGUGUUUGGAAGUCCUUAUUAUAUCAAUCCGAGUGAAAAUCUAGGACAAUCUAUAGUCUCAGAAUUGUUAGAUGAACACAAUUAUCAGAUGUGGCAAAGUGCUGUGCGAAUGGUUCUCAAAACCAAGCACAAGAUUGGGUUUAUUGAUGGCAGCUUGCCUAUGCCAGAUCGAACUCAUCCUGAGUUUCUUUUGUGGGAUGCGUCCAAUACCAUGGUGCUGUGUUGGAUUCUGAAUUCAAUUGAGAAGGACAUACGUCGUAGUGUAUUGCAGCAUGAAGUAGCACAAACUCUUUGGGAUGAACUUAAGCAGAGGUUUGGCAGCUGCAAUGCACUGAGACUUGCAAAUUUGAAAGGUGAUAUUGAUCGAUUUAAGCAAGGAAGUCUGAGUGUAACCCAAUACUAUGUGCAUUUGAAAGGGUUAUGGGAGGAAUACCUCCAAUUCAACCCUAUUGUUGAUUGUGACUGUGUGAUAGCUAGAGUUAGACCUUGUGCAGCAGUUGAGGCUUUCAAGGAGAGACAGGAGACUGAAUACCUCAUCAAGUUUCUUCGAGGACUCAGACCUGAGUUUGAUGUGGUGCAAACUCAACUUCUGAUGAUGAAGCCAUUACCCUCUGUGCAAGCAGCUGUGGACGACAUCCUGCAACAUGAACAGAAGCUUAAAUCAGGCAAAGGGCAUUCUAAUCGAAGUGUUCACUCAGUGGCUCUUGCAGCACAAGGUGAAAAGGAGAAGAACACUAGUUCAUUUGAGCCUGGUAAAGGUGGAAAGGAUGGCACAGAGGUGGAAGGCAAGUUCUGCAGAUAUUGUAAGAAGAAUGGUCAUCUGAAGGAGGAGUGCUACAGACUUAAAAACAAAAAAGCCAGAAUGGCAGGAGAGAAUAGCUUUGUUGGUGCUGUCUCUCAGUCUGAUUCAGAGAGCAAAGACUCUGGUUCUACAGGAAGCAAUCUGAGUCUGGAAACCAAAAGCAGUCAAAGCAGUCAGUGGUUUACUAAUGAAGAGCUUAACAAGCUGAAAUCCCUACUUCAGUGUGAUAGCAUGAGUCCUUCACCACCUCUCUCGCCCUCACUCAAGCAUGCUGCAUAUUCUGUCUCUCAACAUUUACCACAGAUCCCCAACUUUUCUGGUAAGUUUGUUCUAUCAUCUCACAAUCAGUAUGGGUUAAUGGGACUUGCUCAAAUCUGGAUAUUGGACACUGGUGCUUCAGAUCAUAUCUGCUGAUUGCUGCACACUUUCUUUGCUGUCUGAUGCUAAACCUACAGUAAAUCAGUUUGUUUAUCUACCUAAUGGUUCUAAAGUGCAAGUGAGUCACAUAGGCACUGUUAGACUACAUCCUGGUUUAUAUCUUCAAAAUGUCCUCUUGGUCCCUAGUUUUACAUUCAACCUCAUCUCAGUUAGUAAACUUACCCAUGACCU